AUGGCCGCGCAGACGUCGCCGUCCACCAACGGUGGCCCGUACUCGGCCUAUGCCGCCAGCCCGCCCACGCCGCGCCACCAGCUCAAGCGCUCCCAGAGCAGCGCCGGCUUCGAGAGCUCGCCCGCCAGCCAGCACGACGACGACGACCAGGGCCCCUCCAAGAAGGCCGCCCAGAAGCGCGCCUGCAACGAGUGUCGCCAGCAGAAGUUGAAGUGCGACGUCGUCCAGGACCCCUUCACGCCGUGUUCGCGAUGCCGCAAGCAGAACCUCACCUGCCAGGUCUCGGCAAACUUCAAGCGCGUCGGCAAGCGCAGCCGCCAUGCCGAGAUGGAGCGCGAGGCCAUUGACCUCAAGACACGCGUCAAGGAGCUGGAGCAGCGCGAGUUCGAGCUCAAGCAGCAGCUUUCCUCGCUCGGCGUCGCGCCCUCGGCCAACCUCGCCGUCGCCGGCCCCCACGCCCACGACAACGGCCAGUCGGCCAUGUUCCAGAACUUCCUCGCCAACGGCCAACAACAGUCCCAAUACUCGGCUGGCACCCACGACGAGGCCGUGUCGUCGUUGGUGAGCUUGAAGCAGGGGCUCGGCGGCGCCGGUGCCUUUGACCGCAACCACGCCUACAACCUGGGCGCCGUCUAUCUGAGCACCGAGCAGGCCGAGGAGCUGUUCCGCGAAUACUUUGCCCACUACCACCGCUUCCUGCCGCUGCUGGACCCCAACAUGAGCGUUGAGUCAUACAUGAACCAGGCCAAGCUGCUCUUCUGGACAGUCAUCGUCAUAGCAGCCCGGCAUUGGCCCAAGGACCCGACCCUCCUGCAGAAGCUGACCCCUUCGUACCGUGCUCUGCUGUGGACCACUAUUUCCGAUGUACCCCAGACCUACCACGUCGUCAAAGGCAUGUGCUUGCUGUGCACUUGGCCCCUGCCCGCCAGCAGCACCACCAUCGACGAGACCUUCAUGCUUGCCGGCGUCAUGAUGCAGAUUGCCAUGCAUCACGGCCUGCACCAGCCAUCGCACGCCCAGGAUUUCUCGCGCACCCAUGUCCAGCUUAGGGAUGACGAGAUCAAGGACCGCCUGUCGACAUGGGCGGUGUGCAACACGGUCGCCCACUGCGUUUCGGUUGCGUGUGGACAGCCAUCGACCACUCUGUUCGACUCGGCCUUGUCUUUCGAGCACGACCACAUGGACAGGCUUCCCGAACCCUUGGUCAAUCACGUCAUGCUCGAGCGCUCGGCAGCCAGGAUCACCAAGGCUCUGUACAGCGAUUCCGGUAGUAGGACCUUCUACGACGACAAGUCCAUCCUGAUCAACUACGAGACAACAAAUCUGAAUGAUCUGGAGGCUCGUUUGCGGCAGUUGAACUUCACCGACCUUGACCUCCUGUACCUUCGUGCGGUGCGUCUGAACCUCCAGCUCUAUGCCUUCUUCAACAAGCAAGAGCAUGGCUGGCACCAGGAUCUGUUGCAUCUUCUCCUUGCUGCUAACCAAUUCCUCGAAUCCAUUUUUCUGGUCGAGGAACAAGGCCAGCUGGUCUAUGCCACCAACUACAUCUCGCAGAUGAUGGUUGCCGCCGGCUUCACGCUCCACCGCCUCCUCAACUCCAAUUUUGCCAACACUAUACCGGCCCAACAGCUCACCCUCUCGCGCUCCAACUUCACCCGUCUCAUCACGUGCAUUCGAAAGACGUCCGUUCGCAACAACGAUCUGCCUCAACGUCUGGCAGAGGUGCUCGCUCAGCUCUGGAAACAAGGUGGCUCGGGGAGUCCGAAACUUUCCGAUGUCGAAAACUAUCGCCUCCAGCGUGCUCCGACCGUUGAUGUCUCCAUCCACCUGAAGGUUAGGUGUAGGAUGAGUAUGAGCGUCGUUUUCGAUUCGAUAUGGCACUGGAGAGAACAUUACCGUGGCAAGGGUCAGAUGGGCAACCUCGAUACCGCGGUGAACAACCCCACAGAUCCAGAGACGAGCAAUUCGACAACGCCGGCCCCAUCACAGCGACUUGGGCAAUCCGGCCAAGCGCAUGACGGAGCAAGCACCAGCACUUCGGUGUCACUGGACCCGAACCUUCCCACGCUAAGUCUGCCGACUAUGAACAACAGCCUGAGCAUGGGGAACGCUCCCGAGUUCGGUGCUGUUGGCAGCAGCACCUUUGCGGAUUACACAACAGACUUCUUCGACCCGAUGAGCAGCAUACUCAACGACCCCGUCUUCUUCAGCAACCCGGCUUUUACCUUCUAG